AUGAAAGGUUUGAUGAGAUUCAGACAAAAAGGGCAGCUAGUGCCUUAUUUCAUUGGACCUUUCGAGAUCUUGGAUCUUGUGGGAGCCGUAGCAUACCGCCUUGCGUUACCUACUGCACUAGCUGGUAUUCACAACGUCUUUCACAUAUCUAUGUUAAAGAAGUACAUGCCAGAUGAAUCACACAUCGUUAGCUGGGAGCAAAUCGAGCUUACAGAUGACGCAUCUUAUACCGAAGAACCUAUCCGCAUCUUGGACCACAAGGAGCAAGUCUUGCGAACAAAGACGAUACCAUUAGUCAAGGUUCUUUGGUCACAUCAUGGAGAAGAGGAGGCAACAUGGGAACGAGAAUCUGAGGUUAAGGAUAAAUACCCCCACCUAUUCAACGACAUACCGCAGUUUUGGGUGGUUUCAGCUGAGGAGUGUUCGGGUGCUGGAUUGAAACAAGAAUGCUGA